AUGGCAGUCCUUUUCGCAACUCCUGUCGUUGUUCUGUUAGUCUCCUGCCACAUCAUCCUGGUCGGAGUGGAAGUCAAAGGCCAUGCCCAAAAACUGGCGACCGUGUUGGAGAAGGUUCCCGCCUUGUUCAUGCCGCUUCGAGAUCCGAGGUUGGAUGAAAAGUUGGAGAACCUGUCAAUAUCGCUCAAUCUCUGGGGCGCACGAGCAUUCAUUCAUUUUCAGAUAUGUAUCUUGGCCACGCUCCUUUUCUAUGCUUGCAUAGCUCCAACUCUAUGCUUUUUGUCUCGGGUUCUGCUUUUCGGCCUUCUGUAUGCGCAAAGCCUUGAGAUGAUUUUAAAGGGCUCCCGUCUGUCGGCCUGGAGGAUACGAACGAUGUAUGUUUCAGUGAUGGCGAUUUUCUUCUUUCGCGCUUUGCUCCCAGCCUGGAGCGAUGAGCACAGUGGCUUCGACCAGCUGGACAUGGUGGUUGCAAUUGGUUGCGGAGUGGCCUCUCUAUCUUGCAGGACUGCCAUGGUGCCAUUGGUGAUAAUAUUUCUUGCUGAUUCCUGGAGCAAGAGCCUGGGUCAUGGCUACAGCUUGUUGGAGACCUUCGUUGCGAAUGGUCAGCGGUGCUUGUGUUCAACAGCUCUUUGCGCACUAGUCGAACAGCUAGCUCGAGCCAUGAUUGUAUCUGAACUCGACGCACGGGAAGCUUUGGAGGCCUUCCGAAGCAUCGUUCGAUGCUGUAUGGAUGCAGACGUAAUGCUUGACAGCCAGUAUCAGAUGCGAGACCGACCAACGAGAUUGGAGUUGCUUCUUCAUUGCCAGGAUGAAAUGACGGGGAUGUCCUUUUUGGAUUUGCUUCCAGACGACACCGCCACCCAUGACUUCCUCAACCUAGCGGAAAAGAGCGUUGAACAAGCCACCUCUGGCAAGAAGGUCGCCCCAGUAGCUCGCUUGGGCUUGAAACGGGCCUCUGGUGGCUUGGUUCGAGGAGACAUGUACGUGGUCCAUAUUCCUGACAGGUUUGGCCAGGGAAGUCGCUACCUUCUUGGUUUUAUCGAAGACCCCGAAGCCUCCGACGUGCAGCCCUGCGAUGCGGGUCUUUCUGUGGACCGGGCUGCAGUUCAAAAGUCGGCGAGGCGUUUUUGCUUGGCUUCCUCUUCCUCAGCCUCUUCCUCACAAAGCAAUAAGAAGGACCCUCCGAUUUCAUUAACAUCUUGCCGGGAGAUUGUCGACAUCAGCUUAUUCCUGGAUGGGCAGACCGAGUGGUUUGACAUCAAAGAGGCCAGGAUGCGGUUCACACGGUUCGAAGACCGAGGAUCGGGGAUGCCGACUCUCAAACACAUGGUGCUUCCUUCGGAAUGGCAAUCAACGUUGCCCAAAUUGCAGGAGGCUGUGUGGAGCGCGCUCGGUACGGAUAUUGGGUUCGUCCCACAGGGCCUCGGUCCUGUGCAUGUUCGCAUGCCAGAGAUCCUGCCAGAGGGAAAUGCGGGAAACUUGUCCCUUCUUGCCAGAAGCUCGCAGCUUAGAGUGGUCCAGGGGGCGAACAUGAAUCAAGAUGGAUCGGACCUCUCGGUACAGCCUGUCUAUCUCUGUCUGCAGCUCUACAACUUCGCCCAGCUGGACCAUCGUGGCCGCCCUUUAGAUCUUGGGGGCGUUUCUGAGUUCAGUUCCAUGCAGUCAGAAGCCUCGGAGUACUGA